AUGGGGAUGUCUUUUCGUAUCAUGAAUGUUUACGGCCCCAUUGGAAUGGAGGAAAAAUCAAAUUUAUGGCAGCAAUUGGGUGACAUGAUGGCAAAUAUGGAUAACAACAAUUUUGCCAUUGGAGGCGACUUCAAUGCGAUUCUAAACUUGGGGGAAAAGAGGGGUGGGAUUAUUAAAUCCAUGAGGAUAAUAGUAGAUUUUGGAGAGUUCAUGGACAACAACCAGCUUUUGGAUGUGGUACCAAACAAUGGCCUGUACACAUGGAAUAAUAGGAGGGUUGGCUUCACAAACAUCAUGGAAAGAUUGGACCCUUUUUUUCUUGGAUCUUUUUGGAUGAGACUCAAUUUCAUUAAAAAUAAAUUAAAAGUAUGGAACAAGGAAGUAUUUAAAAACAUUUUUGAAGAAAAGACGUUAGUAGAGUCAGAACUUAGCAAUCUCAAUGAGAAAAUAAUAAAAAAUGGGAUGUUUCAAGAGGAUUAUAUAUUGGAAAAAGAGCUAAAGUCUAAGCAUGCCGAAUUACUGGCUAGAGAGGAGGUAUAUUGGAGGGAUAAGGCUUGGGAAUCUUGGUUGCUGGAGGGGGACCAAAAUUCAAAAAAAUUGCAUGCAUCAAUGAAGGCUAGGAGAUCUUCCAUCCGCAUUGAUGGGAUUAAAUCUAGAAAUAGCACUGUUCAUGAGGACACUAUAAACACAAGAGAAGAAGCUGUCAAUCACUUUCAAUCUAUUUUGUGCAGCAAUGAUACCCCAGAUAGACAUAUGUGGGAGGAAGUUUUGGAGACCAUUCCUAGACUAGUGAAGGAAAAAAGAUAA